AUGUACCGUGUAAACAUCGUCAGCGCCAAUCCGACCGUGUCAGCGAGCAGUAGUAGCAGCAGCAGCAGCAGCAGUAGCAGUAUCAGCGGCAGUAGUAGCACCGGUGGCAGCAUCAGCACCGUGACCGGAACAAACGUGAUACUUCAGCAAGCGCCCCAGAUCCUUGGCCUCACCGGUGGAGGCGCGAUCCUGGCCGGACAGCCGGGUACCACCACGUUGCCCAUCGGUACGAUAGUCAGCAUUCAGCAGUCGCCACAGCCGCUCCAGCAGCAGCAACAGCAGCAGCAAAGCCAAACAGCGGCCCCUACGACCGCGACGAUAAUCGGCUUGAGCGCGAGCACGCUCAGCGCUCUGAAUGCGGCCACGGCAACGGCGAUCGGUGCGGGUGGGGCCACGAUAGCGAGCGGCGGGGCGACGAUCACACCGGUCGCGGCCGGAACCAGUGGUGGGGCGACGGUCGUCGCCAACCAGCUGCUGAAGGUGGCCGCCGGCAAUAACAACAGCAUCAGCAUCCUGAAGAUCGGUGAUGACAUCAUGCUGAAGGCGGUCAAAGUGGAACCGCUGCCCAACGAUACGGGUGGCGGUGGGGGUGGUGGAAGCAGUGGUUCUGUGGUUGCCACGACCGGAAGUAGUGCGAAUGUCACUGCCAACACUGUCACUGUGACGACGAUACCACCGGCAAAUGGCGGCGGGCACGUUGUCUUUGGUGGCAAACGAAGGCACGAAAGCAACGAAGAAUGGAUAUCUUCACCUAGUCCUGGCAGCGUGCAAGGAUCAGCACCGCCACUCAGCCCUUCACCGGGUUCGCAGAGUCACACCUACACAACCACCAUGUCGAAUGGUUACUCCUCGCCGAUGUCCACUGGCAGCUACGAUCCGUACAGUCCAAACGGAAAAAUGGUGAUCGGUAGAUGA